GGUACCGUAGCAGAGCAUGCUCGUAGAGUAGAGUAUAGUAUCAUCGGGAGGGGCAUGGCACUUGCCUUUGCUAUAGUAUAACUUGAGCUACACACCCGCUCGAGCACGGCAAGCUGACCUAUCAUGUCGGUAUGAUACGACCCACGGAGCAGCCCACACUACUGGCAAUCCUCAGUGCGCAGUAUUAUUCACACCACAUUCCUACACGUACAGUACUGAGGUCAUACUACGGCACGCCCCUACCAGUUUCUUCGCACUUCUCGUAGUUGAUAAUUCGGUUCGAAAUGGAGAGGAAUAUCUCUCUCGCACCGUGGCGGAAUCACAGCGCAUGCCUUGGCAUCCAAGGGAAGGCAGCAACACAGUUUUCAUUGCGUGCCAAUACUAUUUUUCAUUUUUAUUUAUUUAUUUCUGUGGUGUGCGUGGUGCGCCAGAGGCUCAAAUUCAUUUCCCCCGAUUUUUUUUGCUCACAGGCUGUUGUUCACUUAGGCAUACAAGUACCGUACGGUAGCUUCGCACUCAAACAUCUCCCUCGGUGCGCACCCAAGCACACUAUAUAGCAUUCACAUUCUCCUCUCUAGCGUUUGUCGACUAUUUCACUCUCCCUCAUACCACUGAGGCCUGAUCCUCGCCCCCGACCGCUGCUCGUCCAAGCCGCCAUUUCUUCCGGCCGUCCUCACUCCCUCCUCAGCCAAAUCAACUCUUGCAGUUUUCACGCAUCAGCUCAUCCGUAUUUAUACCAUCUUUCUUCCCUACAAUAUUCCGGGAUUAGGAAUAGUUCAAGUUCGGCAAUCGUGCUGUGCUACCUUUGGCGGGCAUCUCGGGUUGACCCACGGCCGUUGGCCGCAUUAAAGUGACUGCGGAAUCCGCACACGAAUUAAGGUGUGCUUCCUCCUCUCGCUUCUGGUCCCCCGGAUGCUCAUUGUCGAAGGAAAAUUUAAUUUAGUAAAACACUUCAUUAUGGGGGGCACCGGUCACGCCCUCGAUAUUGAGUCGAGAAUUGUCGAAAGCAGGCGGAGACAAAGUAAGGAAUCAUACGAGUGCAACUUCUGCCGCGUGGUGUGUAAUCUGGAGCGGGGCUUGUGGAAUCACAUAACCACCCAUCACCAGGAGAAGUGCCCUCGGGAUGAAGUUGAACUCCAGCGUUUUCGGACCCACAUGAAAGAAAUAUGCCAAAGAAAAGGGUAUGUACAAUGCCAUUCCUUCUUUUAGAGGGGUCGCGCGAGAGGGCACCGGAAAAAGGGAUCCAACCAAUUCCUCCUCAACACCCCUCUCCCCCUCCCGUCCCCUGUUGGUGUAUUUGCACUGUAGCUUAGUGCCGGUUUAUGUUUAGAGCGGAUGUACCGUCACGUCCUGAAAAUAUACAAGCGUCACCACCUAAUUCAAAUGCAUUCGUUCGAUGGAGUUCCAAAGAUGUCGCCGCCUCAAAGGAACCCGGUGGACAAAGAAUGGGUCCUAAAAUGGAAUCUGGGGAUCAGACCGGCCUGUCAGCACAUUCCGGGGGCAACGUCGAUGACAUUGCGAAGGGUACUUCAGACAUAAGGCUGGAACAUCCAGACAUUCAAAUGCCCGACGCCUCUUCACAGGCUCGUUUGAUAAAUAGAAAGAGAAACGGUCCCGACUCGGCUCCGGAUGGCGGCCCGCCAACGCCCACACAUAGUACGCCUCGUGAGAGUCAGCCGAAGCGUACGAGGGCGGGGGGAGCUACUGUGAGGGGGUCGUUUACCGGAGCCGGGGGCAGGGGAACUUCGGGUAAUCGGGGAUCUCCCAAUCGCUUGUCCUAUGCUGACCUUUCAUCAGGGAGGGCCGCACAAAAAUUAUCGAGGGCGCCUCUAGACCCUGAUUUUGAUCGUUCACGUUUUAAGCCGGAGCAGUACGGAGAUAACGAGGGUGGAGCGGCCGCUAGAGCAACGGCAUCCCGCCGUCUGUUCGACCCGGAGAAGGACCACCCCGUUGUCUUUAAGGGUGAAGAGGACUCGACUAAGCGACUUGAAGAACCAAAUCCGCCUCCACGCGCUCUCCCCCGGGCGAGGGGCACCCGGAAGAGGGGAUCGGUACCUUAUGCCACAACGGGGAAGGUAGCCCCACCCACUUCCCAGGGAGCUCCUCAUAACCGCGAAGGCGGGCAGAUGAUGAUAUUGGAGAACUUUGCGCAGCAAUCCCAGCAGACUACCCAGCCAUCGCAGGGGCGCCAGGCGCGACCACCGCCAUUCCACGGCGACCCGGCGCUCCAAGAGCAUGAAACACGGCUGGUCAGGCAGCCGGAGACUCGACCAAUCAGUCCCGAGCAGCUCAUCGCCGAAGUGAAGGGUAUUUAUGCUGGUUUGGUGAUGGUUGAGGCAAAAUGUAACGAGGUGGAUGCUAAGCAAGCUGCCGCAACACUUGACGACGACCAGACACAGCCUCGUCUGAAUGACGAACAGUGGCAAGCAUUGAUUGCUCUGCAUCGCACCUUGCUGCAUGAGCAUCACGACUUUUUUUUGGCCUCACAGCAUCCGAGCGCUAGCCCUGCCUUAAGGCGAUUGGCCGACAAGUACGCUAUGCCGGCUCGGAUGUGGAGACACGGAAUACACAGCUUUCUGGAAUUGCUUCGACACAGGCUACCAUACUCACUGGAGCAUAUGUUGACAUUUAUCUAUCUUGCGUAUAGCAUGAUGGCGCUGUGUAAGUUUUAAACCCCUGAUCUCUGUCCCACAAUUUAUACUAGUGGUAUUGACUUUGUAGUGUACGAGACCGUCCCUGCCUUUGAAAACACAUGGGUUGAAUGUCUCGGCGAUCUCGGUCGUUAUCGAAUGGCUGUCGAAGACGGCGAUGCCCGAGAUCGUGACGUCUGGGCUGGCGUCGCUAGGUUCUGGUACUCGAAGGCUACGGAUAAGACUCCAUUUGUUGGCCGUUUAUUCCAUCAUUUGGCGAUCCUCGCUAGACCCAACGUUCUGCAGCAGUUGUUUUACUAUUGCAAAAGCUUGGCCGUAACACAACCCUUCUUCCCGGCCAGAGAAAGCAUAUUAACCUUGUUCGACCCGGUAUUCUCCCCUGAACACGCCAGCAAGAACCACCAUGUCGACGCAGGAUUCAUUCAGCUCCAUGGCAUCAAUUUCACUCAUAUCGACCUUGAAAAGUUUGACGAUUGCCUAUUCGAUUAUCUGGAUAACCUGGACCAAAAUAUUGGGAAGACGGACUCUGAUUGGAAGGUAGGUCUCCCUCUAAUGCCUCAGUUUAGGGCGCCUCGCUUAAUUUUUUUUUCCUGCAAAGGUUUCGGGCGCUUAUAUCGCGGUUUGCAAUAUAACUGGUCUUUCUCAAUACGGCGCGAGGGAGAGUCUUCUGCGGUUGGCCUUGCGCGAAGGGAAAAGCCGACACAUCCCGGAGGAGGAUAGUAUGGAGGAUGCGCCUCCGGUAGUGGUUGACGAGAACACUACAGAGUUCGAUGACAGUCUUCUACCACCCCUCCCUACUGGGGCCAGCUCCGAACAUGUGACGUCUAUGCUUCAACCGGCUUCCAAAUUGGAAGAAGACAACCGUUACCCACGCAAGGCAAACCUGAAGUCGGGCUCGGAAGCCAAGGAAGCUGAUGCAAAGUCUCGGAAUGGCACUGCCGAGUCUUUGAACUUCUCCAAACGACUGGCAUAUGAGAUUCUCAGCGUUGCCCUCCAGCGAGUCGGCGAUUCGAACGUAUUACCUCAUGUCCACAUAUGGCUCGUAUUUCUUGCCUAUGUAGUCAGAUCGGAGCGCGCGGUCCGGUUAUUGGAAAACGAGUUUCCAUGGGAACACUUGGUUUCUAUGCUGAAUAAUCUUGUCGGGCAAUCCGACCAGGAUAGGUUUGGAUGCAAGGAGUUUCCGGUUCCGGAGAAGGGUCGUGGGAGACCGCUUCCGGAAGAUUACACUUUGCGAGGCCUCGAAUGGGCCCGGAAGUACUUCCCUAAUCGUUGGUUCGAAGAUGCGCAGGUGGAUGAAGAGGAACGUUCCGUCGAGGUGCCUUCUAUGGAGAAUGUUCGUAUCGAGCGUAUCCUGUGGCUUGCCACUCAAGUUGCCACUGUAAGAGAGAUCCUUCCAGAGCUCCUCUUUUUUUUCUUUCCUUUCUUUUCUUAUGAUUUACUGACCUGACGCUUUUGAAGAAUGGCGAAUGCUUGGUCUACGCUGAUGGGAAAUUUCGGGUUCACCCGGCUUUGAUAACGAGAAUUGAAGAGCACCAGAAGCUAGAGGCGACGAUUGCCCACGGGCAGGAAUUGGGCGGGUCAAGGAUGACACCAACUUCAGAGGAUUCCGAUAUAGACAUGACCAGCGGGGAGAACGAGUCGGAUGGGGAUUAUGUGUUGGUGGGGCAGUCCGAGGAAGUCAGGCGUCUCAAACAGCAACAGCGUCAGCUCAAGUCCCAGUUAAGGGCCGGCGGGAAGGUUGCUGGUUCGGCGGAGGAACCCAGACAAGCAGUUGCAAAGGGGCCAGAGUCACUAAAAGAGAACUUUUCGGUCAGUUUUGCGCUCUCUGGCUAUUGAACAAUGCUCAUGAUUUGCCUAGAUCUUGGUCGUUGAUACCAAUCUUUUGCUCAGUCAGCCUGAGGUCUUUAAAAUUAUGGUGUCAACACUGAAUUGGUCUAUUGUGAUACCCAAUACUGGUAUGUCGACCCGUGUAUACUGGCCAUGAGGCCCACUGACCGUCUGAGCAGUGAUCACAGAGCUCCUUGGCUUGACGAACAGCACAAGCCCCGUUGGCGAUGCCGCAAAGGCGGCUAUGAUUGCAAUCCACGAGGCCCUCACUGAAAAGCGGGAUGUGAAGGUUGUUACUGCUAAGGGAAGCAAUGUUACGAGUAUUGGCUACAAGGAACAACUUGAUAAAUCUGGAGACGAUGAGCAGCGCAAGAUUGAUGACAUUAUCAUCGAGACUACGAGAAUGCAAGGGGAGGCACGGAGACAAGCGAUGCCCGGGGAUUACGCCAAUUAUGAAGCGGCUGUUUUAAUUACUGAGGAUCGUAAUAUGCGGGUUAAGGCCAAUGCACGAAACGUCGCUGCUAUUUCGGCAUCUGCCUUGGAACGGGUCUUGUCUCCGGCGGGUUCCGCUCGGACGAAACGCAAAUCAUUCGGUGCUCCGGUGGUGGCUUCGGACUGGCUCGAGGGUGAAGCGGCGUUCGCGAAACCUGGUGGGGAACUGGAUUCUACCCUGAACCUGCAUCCUGUAGGCGCUGUGAGGAAAAAGAGGCAGCUAAAACGGGGAAAGACGCAGGGCGCAGAUAUGCCUUGAGUCACUUGAGAGAGCUUUUCAGUGAUUGGAAUCCCCCCCUCCCCAAAAGAACAUGAUGGUCCCUGCCCGGAAUGCGAGGAUCUUCACCCUUGAUAUCCGGCUACUACAUUAAUUGCGGAACUACGAAAGAAAAUAUUCGCGAUCAUAUAAUCAUGGUUCUGGUGGUGGCGUAGCUAAUGCGGUAGGUUUGUUGGUUCGUUUGUUGGGGGGUAUUGGUGAGUUGGUCUACUCUGGCUUUGCGGUGCGGAAACACCACGUUCGUUUUCCUUCAUGGCUUUCCAUACAAAUUCACUCUUUCUCAUUUUUUCAUUUUCUUCUCUUGUGGGCUGUACGGGACCUGCCGUAGGAUGAGACUGUAGAUGUAUUUAUUAUAGCAUUUAAAAAAUGAUUACAUGCUCUCUUUUUAGCCUCGGUCCGACAUCUUGGCCUGUGGACGGGGGGGUCCCAGUUCGGCGGCGAGCAUCAUACGAACCGAUAUGUACCGGCGAGUACCGUUUCUCGCGAGUUCCUACCUCCUGCUAAGAUCUCUAACGGGCUUGGGUAGGCCAACGUGGUGAUAGCAAGUUAGCAACACAAUACCAUCCCGGCAAUCGCUUCGGUGGUAUGGAGAGCGUAUAUUUUAGGGUGCGGGAUGGGAAUAUGUGGUGUGAAGGUUGUGCCCUGUGGGGGGGGGUUUUUUUUUACAGGCGGAACUGUAAGUUAGGUUGGUGGUGCAAUUCUUCCUCACCCAAAUAUAACCCUACGUCUGGUAACCGUAGCGUAUUAAUCCGGCAACACCUCGGAAUGGUCAUAUUCCGUAUGAAUCUAUAUUUUCGGGUUUCGAUGCACUCGUACUGUAAUUUCCUGGCGGUUGUGGGCACGAUUGCCAUUGCGUCCCACAAAAACCUUGCGGCGCCGGUCGAUUUUUGCCAAUAUGCAAUAGCAGCUGUGUUCACAAGCGGCAUAAAAUUACGAGUGGUCGAAUGGUGAGGCUUACCCUACGCUUCUACACUUCUAACCUGCUUUUUGGGUGUUAGGUACCAGGUCAUUCUGCAGCCCACCGGUUGUAUGAUAUGAUAUGAUAGUGUUGUUACCGCGCCCUUGUGGGGUCCAUCCCCUAUGGCAAAUAGUGGGAGGUGGUAAGGGCGGCACUUGAAGGGUAAUGGCAUUUUCUCAUUCUCGCUCUCUCCUUUACCCGUCGGUCAAGAACAGGGGGCUAGGGAUUUUAGGGCACGCAAACCAGCAGCUGAACUAAUCGGUACGCUUUCUGAAUCGGGCAGACACAGGAACAAAAACUUCCACCCUCCGGGCACCCAUCGUGGGAUGCAAAACCCCACAUUUCAUUAUUUAAAUUUGGAGAAGAGUACUCGAGUAGAGCACGAGUGUCCAGAUAACCAAGCGGUGGUGGUGGGUCCGGGAGAGUGUUUUUGUCAAAAAAUUACAGCCUCGUCCAUACUACCGCAUAAUUAUGGAGUGAGUAGAGCAGGCGCGCCGAUCGGUUGGUGUGCAUCUCUCCAACCACACCCUGAGUAUAACCCAUUCAGCGCUCGAACAUCAAACCGAUUGGAAUACUAGAUAUCACAAUCGGCACACGACCUAUCAGAGUUGCUCCAAAGCGGAUUUCCCCCAACAUGCAGUGUUACGUCGUUGUGCCAUGAGAAUACCAUACUCGACCGCCUGGUGAGGCAAGGCUGAGAAAAAGAGCGUUGCAAAGGUUUGUGGCAUCCCCCUCCCGGCCCCCCUCACGCAUUCAUGCUCCCUUCUCCUGUGUCUGACUGUAUGGUUUGGUUCACAAAUUCUUAUGCUGUGUAUGUGUAUGUGCAGUACCGAUACUGAGCACAGCUGUUGCAACCAAUCCUGCGCAUGUUUGCGCUACUGCCCGGAACUGCGGCACUUGCACCACCACCUCCACCCCAAAAUCGAUGAUGCCCGCAACUCUUUCCAAUAAGGGUUAAUACGGAGUUAAUAGGACAAGGCAUACUCGAGUACCCUAAGUACAAGUACCCGGGGAUAAAUUUUCUUACUCGACAGGAGAGUUAACCAGCAAAAAGUAACCCCUGUCGUGCACGAGAACGUCGCCCCGGGCACCUGUACCUGGUACCCGUAUCUUUCCACUCCUACAGAUACAGAUGUGGCGGGAAAUUUCGCCCAAACACGUCCUUUACAGGUACUGUACACUACCCUCGGUCGAAGCCCCAUCAGGGUAUGUAAUAAGACUACCUGAUUAGAAAAUUCCCGCCGGCGGUUCCCCCUCCCAGCCCCACCGUAAAAACACACUUUUCCCGGGCCCAAUACUCCCUUGUGCCACCAACAUCCUUAGUCGCAGCUCAAGAAUCGACCAAUGGUGCUGGCGCCCGAGUCCUUCGAGCACCGCAUGGCUGCGCACAUUCUCUCUCCCAUCCUCACCGCCCCUUGUUUCUUUUUCGUGCGCGGUGGGAGCGCGACGCUUCGCCCUUGCUCGUGCCGUUACCUCGAAUGCGGUUGUAUACUCGCGGGGAAAAGUUGAUACCGGUAAACCACCGACCAUCAUACGGGAUCGAGCGGUAUGAUGUAAUUUAUUUUUUCAUAUUUUUAUCUUUAAACACUUCCGUGUUUCGUUUUAUUUAUCUCCUUUCCCUCUUCGUGUUUAAUCUUAUGCUAACAAUCUAUAAGGGCCUGUUCGGCAGGAACGGUAGGCGGGUGGACCGUUCCGUUCGUUGAUGAUUUUUGCUGGGGAAAUGGUUGUCUUGGCAUCUUCAGAACGGAAGGAAACGGUCAUUUGUAGGGGGGGAACGGAACGGUUCCGUUCCCGCCGAACAGGCCCUAAGGGUUCUGGGUGGGUAGGUUGCGGGAAAACAUCAUCUGAAUGCUCCCAACCGCAAUCUGGUGGGGAAUCACGAAUCAAAGCAAACGAAGGAGACCACCUGGUGAUCGCUGCAACCGGCCCCACACCCCUUCGGAAACGAGGGGGCAUUUGAUAUCCCGAUCUAGUUUCUCGCAACCGGCUGCAUGCCGCACACAAAUUCCACGGGCGCAAAACUCAGUACGACGUAGUUAUCAUAUGCAACGCAUAUCGCGAAAAAUAUCUCAGUUUUUUUUUAAAAAUUUCCUCCCCAACCCCUCUCCCCAUGGCACCACGUGACCCUACAGCCAGCGGGGUAUCAUAAACCGCCGUCAAAACCCUCAUCACAUAAAAUCACUCGGUAAACGUAAAUGGUCACAUCCUGGGAACUAUCGGUGGGCGCCUUUGGUGCUGGCUUAUGUACGGAGAUGGUCUGCCAACGGUCCGACAUUGACUCUUGGCCCGGGAACCGCCGGUUGAAAUAAGCUUCUGAUUGGGCGUUUUCGGAUUUGUGCGGGUUGGGCACAGCGACUUAAAUACCCGGACUCUCGCAAUAAUCACAGCACUACGAUUAGGGAGGGUCUUGAUCCCCUCAGGACGCCGGGCGCCAAAUACCAUCAUCCUACGCUGCCCCGGGCAUUAGUUAUCCAAUAUCGGACCCCGCCGUCGGGUGGAAUCCAUCAGAGUGAUGAAGUUCGCCACCAGGUUCAAAUUUCGCCACCAGCUAGACCGUCGCAUGUGUCAGCUCCUGCUGAACGGGAAUGACGCCACCUGAACGACCGAUGGAUGGGUGGACUUGGGUAUUUCCGAUAGGCUUCUGAUGCCGCAUCCGGGCGUGCGUCAUACUGGGAGAUAAAGUGCGAAGUCGUUCACUAGAAUGUGGAACUGUGCCAUUGGUUGAGGGGUUUGAUAUUGGAAGUCGCCUGGGGUUUGUACACGCUGCACAUCUGUAAGACAGAGGAGUAGGAAGGUGAUGGAGUAGUCGUUCAGGAAGGGGGGAUGGUGGCGGUGGGGGAAGAUGACGGCGGUGAAUAGGUUAUGGCUUCCUGAGAGUGGAGCUCGCCACGAUAGAUAUUGGCCCUACAUGGUAAUGUACGGGUACGGUACUCGUGCGGUAUGGGUCGUUUCGAAAGGGCGCUCGACCGCGCGAGAGGGUUCCCCCUCAUUGGAGUGUACGAGUAUUGUCGGGAGAUACGAUAGGGGAAUUGUGCACUGCUUACGAGUAUGCUCCUGUCUGACUGGGCUUGGCUCAUUGAUGCUCUUACUGGAGCAUGUGGCUGGCCAGGGUGAGAUUGCCAAGGAAAUAACCGGAGAGAGAGAGAUGUGGGCAGUUUUGUGUUUGGUAUUGGAUCUUGCUUCACAAAAAUACAAUGGGUUGAGAGCGCGACGCACAGACUGUUUGGCAGGGGCCUCUUCCUCGGAUGGGAUACGGCUCCCUCUCUACUAGUAGUUCGGGUGGUUUGGGGGUGUCGAUCCGUUAUUCGCGAUAUUUUGCAUCCACUGCCCUACCCGUUGGGCGGAAAUAUGGAAACCUCUUGCCUUGCUCAACCGGGUUAACGUUCUUUCGAUCUCUGUCCGAUUGACCAAUCUCACCGAUUUGCAUGCCAAGUGCUACCAAUUAACCGACAUCCGUCAGUUUCCCCGAAAGAGCAAAGAGCUGGUUAGGGAUUCUUGGGGGAGCGAUAUUGUGACCGUGGGUGCCGGGUUUUAUCGAGUUAGGUUGCCUUGAUUUUAUAAAGGCAGAGGUUCUGCAGUUUGGCUUGCACUUCUGUAUGCCCAGGUCCAAGGAGGACCAUCCGGAUCUCUCGAUACAUUUCGACAGGAGACAGGGCGUUUUGACACACUUGCGCCCUAGAGCGGUCAGAGAACUAUGUGCAAGGCUACUGGUUAUCUCAAUAGGAGCAUUGAGAGCCGGAAAUCCGCACAGAGAGCGAGAGAAACACUGCUCUUGGGGCACCAACUCUGCUCGAAGACUGUUAGUUCGAUUUCAAACGGUGGAAAGAUGUGACACCUGUUUCCCCUUUUCUGGACGGGCUGCGGGCACUCACCAGAAGCUCGGAACCCGACCCGCUUAAGGCUGAUGAUGCUGGCUUUCUCUCUACCGUUAAUACGGUACUGGACUCAAUCCCUCAGCUACAGUACCCGCCAAAAUCAGGGGGCGCGGGUCUCGUUCAGAGAGCGUCGGUUUUAGGAAGAAGCAAAACUUGCCGAAAUUAUGGUUCCAACCAGGGACUGGGACGUCGCCCUCAUAGCUUCUCAACUCCUGCUCCGUUGUGAUCCCCUGGCCGAAUCCACCGAUUGUCCGGGUUCGCCUCCGAGCCGAAAUAUCUUGAUAUGCGCCUUAAUAUGGACUGAAAGCAUCGUGUUCUAGGCCCGCUGGAGGGUAUUGCUCGUAUGCGCUUAUGUUAAGGUCUGUGUCCCGCGGCCGAAGAGAACAAACUUGGGUUUCAAUUAACAUAUACCUACAUGGAACAAGCACAGACGAUUUUAUAUAUUCUUUGAUAACACUUUUCGAAACAUACAGCCUCUGGCCCACCAGCAUAGCCCGCUUCUCCCAGCCGCACUCAACACGCGGGGUCUAAAAGCAUAAUGCAAGAUAUAUGAUACUCUCUACCGCACACCUCUCCCAAAAGAAACUAGCAAUUAAUUACCUUAAAACAGGCCGGCAGCAGUAUCAGCAAAGCAAGUUUUUUCGACAUGGUACAUUAUCACGAGGUAUCACUCACUGUUAUGUAGCCCUCCCCCAUCCUGGCUGCCGAUCGCUGGUCUGCUGGAAAUGGCCAAUACUGAGACCAGGCCAACCUUGAAGAUUCAGCCCCGGAAACUUGAGGAGGUAUGUUUAGUCGAAUUAUUCCGCCCAAUGCAUGGUUAUAAAUGGGGUGCCUGUGGAUCGGGAGCCUGGCUGUGUAAUGGAUAUGGCAUCCACCAUCGGACACCGAGGCAAUCGAUCAACAUCGGGAUUCUGUUUCCCCCUGGUUAAGGGUUCUUUACUUGACGAAAUCGAGUGGAGCCUAGCGGUACACGCCUGCCUCCCGCCGGAGGAGCGGGUCCAAUGCGCUAACGGUAGGCGAGUGCUUACGCCUGGCCUAUUCGUGGCGGCAGGCGCUCAACAAACUGCACGCAGGCACGCCUGCAGUCACUAGGUCUGAGAUGCCAGGAAAUUCCAAUCCUUCAGCCUAGCGUGCGCACCCCUCCCCUCGUUCAAUAAUACCGUAAGGUAUGUAUGGUAAAAGCCGGAUCUGAGCUGAGGGCAACCAGGCCAACGAGAGGACCCGAAGGCACCCCCCCCCCCCUUAAUCGCUACACUUUAAGCAUGUUAACAACGAAAGGCAAUUGGGCAGGCACCUCGGGUGAGGGUUUCGGCCUUUCCGAAAAUAUACCGUACAGCGGUGGGUGUUCCCAGAGGCCAACUCAUCGAUUACUAGAAGUGCGCAAUGCGAUCAAGUUGGAUGGAUUGGUAACCCAAAAUUGCCAGGAUUAGUUUCCGGUAUCGGGGAGUGUUGGGAACUGUUAUCCAGGUGUCACUCGUCAGGAGGAGCCUGUGGAGCAGGUGUGGAACACGAAAGCCAACACCACCACGGACCUACGAGUACUAGUACUGGGGGGUAUUGAAUGGGGCAAGCUCACCCGGAGGUGCUCCGCGUGGCUGGUGAGUGCGCUGGCUGAUGUGCCUCGUCCGUGGCAAGCAAGAAGUAUCCGAAAACAGGGGCCGCGAAUCCGCAUGGGCGCCCGGAUACACACGAAUCAUUUGCCACAUAUUUUGUGAAUCCCUCUUUCCAGGUGCUUCCUGCUUGCCUCGACGCAUUUAAAGUCUCCAGAGUGGGGGGAAUAAGUGAUGCACUGAUGACAUAAUUGAUGGGUUCACGGCUCAGGAUUUCGCGGGGACCAUCCUGACUCGGGCCCACGGUCGCGUAACCCGCGUUCCGGAGGCCCAAGAACGAACGCAUGAAACAACAGAAUUCCGAUAUCACAGCUAGCAUUAAUUUUGACAAUCGUAUUGUAUGAUUUCCCGCACGUCAGGGGUGCUGCACUCGGGUAUGAUACCAGGGCUAGUUCGUGAACAGUGAGCAUUCCCAAGGAAUGACUGCUCCCAAUAUACGGCCGAGGCUAUUGAUUGUAAGGGAGAAUAAAUUCCGUGAAACACUUUGCAAUUUUUUAUUCGCCAGAAGAGGUAUGUAUCUAUCAAUUUGGCCACCACGACGGGCUAGCCUAAGGAUUAACUCCCCCACCGGAAUAUGACACUUUAUACCGGGCUCCGUUACACUACUUAACCGUGAAAACGUAUAGGACGCUAGAGUUGUCUCUCUUACAGUAGUUCCCGUAGUGUCAGCCGUAACUUAUGGUACUGUACUUGUACUCGUAAUCGAGCACUCGCACUCUUCCAUUUAUGUCUCGGCUAAGCUCUGAAGGGGGAGUUUAAGCUGUUCCCCCCCCGCUUACAGUAAUCCAAAGAAGGAAAUUCUGGACGUCUUCUAAUGGCAUAACCAUGCGAUAGCCGCGCCAAACUUACCCGCCACCGUGAGGACUCUGAGUAGAAUCCCCCUUCUGGGCUUUUGGCUGGGGGGGAAACACCGCAACCACCUUUUGCCCUCAGCUGACGAGACGAGAGAGGGAGGGAUAUGCACAGAGCCUCAAUUGGAGGGGCAGUUACAGCGUCCAAUCACAGCACAUCUGUCUUCCGUUCGAGUGUUUCCGGUAUGAAAUACGGUAGUGCGAGUAUUCCUUCUGCCAAUCAGGCGUAGUACGAUACAAUGUUUCGAACGGGAGCCUUACUAUUUAUUGCUCAACUGCGUCACUCAGUCGAGGCAAAAGAAAAAAGGGGGAAAAGAAAACACACGGCGCCUUAACACGAGAGGCAAUUACAAGGUCCUCCCGUAGCACAUCUCUCUUCCAUCCGAGCACUCAUACCGUAGAAUGUAAUUAGGAGGACGCGGACGGAGGUCCGGUAGGCACGAAAAUGACAAAAGAUGCAACCUCAAAUCAGUCAGCAGAAGUGCUCCGGAUCUAGAUUUCACUUCUCUAGGAGUGGUGGAGAGAAAAGGUCUCACCCCUUUGCGGCCACAGGGUGGCACACAGUAGAUUUAGCAAGGUUCUCACGAAGGGAGGGCGGGUGGUGUAAAUUUACGAGUACGACCGACUGCGCGCCACAUGGUCCCAUAGAAGAGUCGGGGGAAACGUAUGAGGACCGACCCGGCCCAAACCGGGCCGCGCUCGGAUAGGAAUUUCGUUCUGUGGAAGGCACGAGUGGCGCGUGAGGGUGUUUGGUGGAACCCUCCCACUCGGCGACCUACUUGUACCGGUACGGCUCUGCACGUUUUGAUAUUAUAUAUUAUGGGGCGUUACGAGCGGGUAAACCGGAUAAUCUGGGGCUUUGUGAUUGCUUCGCGAUGGAUUCUCGUGUCUUCUGUUUCUAUCCCUAAUUCCUCGAGAGUCUUUUAGUACGACAGUUGGUAUGUAUGACAUCCGGUUUGUUUCUCUCUGGAGUACCGGUAGUGCACAUGUGGCGUGUUUGGGGACGAGCAACCAUGUGCGGCACUGUACUUACGAUGGGGCUGGGUCGGGCAUGAGGGAGCUCCUUUGAUCGCGAGUCAUGGGCAUGGCAACCAUACGGUACCUUCACUGUGCCCAGAAAAUGGCUUAAGCUGAGAAGGGUACCGUGGCCUGUACGAGUACAGUACUACGAUAUCGUACGGCCAUCGACCGCCACGACCGGAAAGCUGAAUUGAAAAAGGUUCGCACCUAUGAUAUUAGACUCACUGGGAUACGGUAACCACCGAAAUCCACUUCUUAGGCUCCCGUAGAGAGGGAGGGGAUAAAAAAAAAAGAAAAAAGUGCGUAAUGCCCAUCGGCCCCUGUUAGAGAUGUCCAAUAUAUAUGACAUCGUGAAGCCAUGAUUCGUUACGUAAGGCGCCUCACAGCUAUUGGGUAAUGAAGGCAGUAAGUGAGUGAGCGAGCUCUGCAGAGAAUUGAUCCUUUGGGGGUGGAUAGGCUAGCCCGUUGCGCCUUCUCAUCGUCUGCUCAGCGAUGGAGGAUUUGUUUGAAAAACAAGUUUCCCGCCGUCGUCCAGAGGUUUUCUCGAAAUGGCGUGCACGGACCAGGUGAUUGGUAGAGUACUCGAGUACAAGGACAGCUGUGCCGCCGCCGCCGUCCGUGCGCGACAGCAGAUCGGUUCGGGGAAGACGGGCCAGCUGCAUGCAGUGUGAUGCUUCGGGUGCUCGGUACUCGGUUUACGCCAGCGCGUUCCCUCCAGUCCGCCAGCGCGCAGCCUGGUCACGUGAGAGAACCCAGCCUGCAACAGUAACCCACCGGUGCGGCUCAAAUGCACGUUGUUGUUGCCGGCGCAUUAUUGUGGGGCAGUGUCCUGACUCGUAUGAUACGAAUGCCAUACCGUAGGGGGCUAAAAAAGGGGAAGACGCGGUUUUCUACGGAAUGCCGGACGGGGGCUUCCCUGCUCCGUUUUUGGGCUAGCGCCCGGGUGCAAAAAGGUGUGUGAACCACAUGGCGACCACGAGCGAGGCAAAGGGCCAAGCAUAACCAUUCGAGUGAUGAAUGGUGAUAGAAUUUGGCUGCCGGUGUCAGACAGCGGACUCUCAGUUGGAGAAAGGGCGAGAGAGAGUCCACGCCGUAAUGCAGUUUUCCCGCAUCAAGGGAAGUUCUGGCCGGGAUAUUGGUAUUAUAGUAGUGGCAUCCUGAAAUGUUUUUGAUCGGUCUGGUGUUUAGGACAGGUGUUGCGUGGUCCCAUCACAGGGCACUGGCGGCACAUGUCCCGUUACCCGAAACGGCAGCAAAUUUUGCCAUUCUGCAUGCCCGUGAUGAGCUCUCCUCCUGCCUGAAAGGGGGGGAUUGCACUUUGUUCUCCUUUCAUUGGCUCCCCCCCCCCCCCAAUCAGCGGGUUUCUUUCUUGUUCAACCUACACGAUUAUGAGGCAAUUUGUCCUUACGGCCCUUGUGGUUUACACCUUUCGGUUCCGGUGCGUUAUUGGUAGGGUUAUACCACCAGUAUUGUGGGGAUCCGGAGGGUUGCGGGAAGGAGAGGGUAGCAGCGGGAUGCAGGCACAUCAUUUUCGAGCUCGUGUAAUGCUACUAGAGGUUAACGGCACGAGGAUCAAGACUGUUAUGGGGAAGCCACGAAUAUGAAACUUCGGCGUUACCGUACUGAGAAGGAGAGGUUGAAGAUUAUUGUGAUUCAUAACCAUCUGGUUAGUAACAUGUCAAUCCGGGUGGUGCCGUGAUGGGAGCUGAGGUAUCUGGGGGGCUUGUGCUACCGUAUUGACUGUUAGAGGGCGUUUGGUCUGGAUCCCCACAAUGCGCACCGUUAUUUUUGGGAGAUGGCGUGGGGAGACAGUUUUCUAGGAACUUCUACACAUCUGUCAAGAGCACCGGCGCAUACACUUAUUUUAUCUGUACGAGUAAGGAUGUGACAGUCUGCAGCAUGUUCACAAUUUCGGGUGCUGGUGCCCCCGCUAAUCAUCUUCCUGUGAUCUUCAGAGGCCUAAGCCAUCCCGUCCGGCAUCCCUUCUAAUCCACCGACAAUCUGCUUUAAUAUAGAAUUGAGCGCAUUUGUUGGAGGCUGCCUCUCCCGCCACGCGAAAUCAGCCUAGAAACAUGCAACAAUUAUAUUCCACUCUUUGGUCUUGUCGCAUAACCUGUCUACCAGUGAGUUAGUAUCGCUGCUCAUGAGCACCAAUAUCCUUGAGCCUUUCUCCCCGGAUUAUCCCCCCCAGGUGAAAUAUGUCAUGCCCACUGCCGUAACGGGAUAAAGCCACACACUCAGAUCCAUCCAUCCUGUCGAGAGCCAUCGCACCACCUUUGAAAUUCCUUGUUUCCAGCAGCCGUCCCCCUACGCUAUCGGACGGUUUCGGAAAUCUUGAUGUCGAGUGCAGGGCCCAAGUGGAGACAACUGUGCUAGAAUCUCAAGCUCUUAUCUUUCGCACCAAUAUUAUUCACGUUUCACACAAUGCUAUUGUUGUACUUUGUUUGAGAGAAUGGGCAUUGGGCGUUGAGUGGAAAGCGGGGUCAUUGGGAGCUGCUGUUGCCUACUGGCAGCCAGUGAUCACGUGUUCCUGCCACCGGACUUGAACUUUGCGUAACUUAUGCUUUGCUCUGGGGCUCCUGCUGAUCACUAAAACCUAAGCUCACCAUUUAUUGCCCCCCCCCUCUCCAGGGAUUACCGCGGAUUCCAAACACCCCAUUCGCGGGCGCUGACAACUAUCAUCACCGGGUGUGGUUCAAAUGUAUCACGAUACCCAGUGGUUGUGGGCAGUACUCGUACAGUAUUGGUUCCUGUUUUUCCACCUCUCCUGCCCCGUCGGGCCCCGUUCCGCUCAUCCCCGGGGAUUAGCGUCUUCAGGUUCGAUGGCAAUGUCCUAUAUCCCAAGCCAAUAGCAUGUGCUGUGUAGCUAAGUACGGCAGGUAGGGUAGCAAAAAAGAAAACUGAGUGUGGGCUGGUGGGUCUGCUGCCUGCACACAAAUAGGAGCAGGUAUUAUAGAUGAAUGCGCACAGCGGCCAAAUCUCACUUUUCUGAUAACAAUCCGCAAACCGCACUUGAUUUAAUCUAAUUCCCCGUAGACUAAUUGCC